UCAGUUAAGGCGACGUUGGAACUAAUAUAACGGUACUAUGUUUCCGCACGGAGCUUCGUGCACGUCGUACCGCCCAUGCCCAUGUGUAAACAAGACGCUUGGGGAAAACAAGUUUUUACGGCUGAUGUUUGAGGCAAUAAUCUCAUGUCUUAGUUAAUAGAAUAUUUAUUUAAUACAAAUAAACAGCGCUUCAAACACAUAUUUAAUCCAAAAAUGGCGUCCUCCGAGGUGCAACAUGACAGCGACGAUGGCAUGGACGAGUUCAUGGACAAAUUCAAGACCCAGAGAUAUAAAAGGGGCUUCAGUGAAAACAACUGGGAGGAGGAAUUUAAUAAAGUACCUAUGUUCAUGAAGACAGCCCCUGAAGAGAUCGACCCACACACAUACCCAGACCUAGCUUGUCUCCAGGCCAUUAUCCAUGAUGAAGAUAGACCCCCAGAAGAGCAAGCAAAGACCCUGAAAGAUGAAGGCAAUGAGUUUUUCAAAGAGAAGAACUACGAGAAGGCCAUACUGUCCUACACAGCGGGGUUGAAGAAGAAAUGUGUAGACCAGGACCUCAACACUGUCCUCCUAACCAACCGAGCAGCGGCGCACUUCCACCUGGGUAACAUGCGCUCUGCCUUGAACGAUGCUGCAGCUGCAAAGAAGAUUAAGCCAGACCACCUUAAAGCCUUGCUUAGAGGGGCUCAGAGCUGUUUAGAGCUGCGUAACUUUGCAGAGGCUGUCCAGUGGUGUGAUGAGGGACUCAAGGUCCAUCCCACGGACAAGAAGCUGCAGGAGCUGAGAGCAGCAGCAGAUAAACACAAGAGAGCAGCAGAGAGAGAUGCCAGAAAGAACAAGCUCAAAGAAAAAAAGCUGCAUGGCGAGAAAGAAGCUCUUCUGGCCGCUAUAAAGGAUCGAGGCAUCAAGCUCCUUCAGUCGGCGAAGCCUCGUCGGCGCUGUUCCGACAGUGAGGACGAAGGCUCCUCAGCAGCGACAUCACCGCUGAGCCUGGAUGGCCUCAGCUCUCAGGAGGUCACGGGGGCUCAGGUCUUCCUGGAUGAGCAGGGCUCUCUGCACUGGCCUGUUCUCUUUCUCUAUCCUGAACACCGGCAGACUGAUUUCAUCUCUGCUUUCUGCGAAAACAACUGUUUCAUGGAUCAUCUGGCGGUCAUGUUUGGAGAAGAACUCCCACCUUGGGACGAGGACAGAAAGUACCACUCACAAAAUUUGCAGCUGUACUUUGAAGAUGAGGAGAAGGAGACAUUCUAUCAAGUAAACCCAGAGAUGUCACUUUUAAAAGUGUUGCAGCAUAAAAGGUUUUUUGUCAAGGCAGGUACUCCCAGCUUCAUUGUUCUGGUGAAGGGUUCGUCAUUCAGGAAACAGUUUUUAACAGAAAAGAAAGUAAAAGGACUGAAUUUCCCCUUGAAAAAGACAUGAUGAGAAAUAUGCAUGUUUCUAGUGGUCAAGAACAAA